UCUUCUCACACUCAAUCCUCCUCAUUUCUAUAUACACUAUAAUAUAUUCCUUUAUCAUGAGUUAUUAUCCCGAUAUGUCAGCAGCCUUAGAUGAGUAUGAUGAUGAUUGUGAGGCCGAUGCUCAUCGUAUGAGAAUGGGUGUUAUGACCACACUUAUUUCUUCAAGCUCCGGUGGUCAUCGUGAAUACAUUGACCGAGGUAGGGAAGAUGGCCACCAACGUUUGAUGGAUGAUUAUUGGAGUCUAAAUCCAACUUACAACGCUCGCAUCUUCCGGCGUCGUUUUCGCAUGCAACUGUCUUUGUUUGAUCGAAUAAUGAAUGAUGUGGUGCAAGCCGAUCCUUUCUUCGCACCAAAAAAAGAUGCACUUAAUAAGGUCUCACUUUCUCCUCAUCAAAAAAUUACUAGUGCCAUAUUUAUGCUAGCCUAUGUUGCACGUAUACGGAUAUGCCGAUACGCGGAUACGCGGAUACGGGUACGGCGAUACGACAAUUUCAAAAAUUAUAGGAUACGGGUACGGGGGUAUAUUUAUAAAUAAUAAAAAAUAUAGGGUUUAAUUUGCAAAUAUAUAUAAUUCAAGGAUUCAUAAAUAAAAUAACUAUUGUACAAAAAAUAAUUAUUAUAAUAAAAUUUCAAAGAUUAGGCUAGAAAAUCUAAAGUACUGUUAUUUUGAUUUAAAUUCAAAUAAUAUUUUUUGUUCUCUAUUUGCAUUUACAUCUAAGUUUUGUUUCAAUUAAACUUCAUCAAGCGAUAAAAUGAAAAAUUAUAGUAUUCCAUAUUUUUUCAUACUCCCGAAAUCAUCUUUAUCAAUGUUCCGCAUCUUGUGGUCGCUUGGGCAGCUACUAAGUUUUCGUCAUGUCGUUUACGAAAUGAGGGUUAUAGGAGCGGAUACACGUAUCGGAUCACGGAUACGGGUAUCCGUUUACGGAUACGGGUAUCGGAAGUAUCGGGAUUUUAAAAAAUAAGCCCGAUACUUUUAUUAAAUUACGGACACGGACCCAAUACGUACAUGACGCGUAUCGGUGAGUAUCGGUAUCGGAUACGUAUCGGAUACGCGGAUACGGCAUCGGGGUGAAGUAUCGGUGCACCGCAGAUGCUAGCAAAUGGUUGUUCUGCUGAUUCAUUAGAUCAGUUGUGCCGUCUGGGGGAGAGCACGACUUUGUCGUGUUUGAAGAAAUUUUGUAAGGCAAUUAUCGUAACAUAUGGUUCUUGGUACUUGCGAACACCAAACCCCAAUGACCUCCAUUGUCUUCUUGAAAAGGCUACAAAAAGAGGUUUUCCCGGCAUGAUUGGUUCCAUCGACUGUAUGCACCGGGAAUGGAGGAAUUGUCCUACAGCAUGGGCGGGACAGUUCACUGGGCACAAGCACAAACUAACUAUUGUGCUUGAGGCCGUUGCUUCAUACGACACAUGGAUAUGGCAUGCAUUUUUCGGCACGACGGGUUCCAACAAUGACCUUAAUGUACUUGCAUGCUCUCCAGUUUUUGAUGUUGUUGUUAAUGGAUGUGCUCCUCAGGUAAGUUACAUGGUCAACAAUAACAUUUACGAUCAAUGUUAUUAUUUAGCCGAUGGAAUCUAUCCCACAUGUGCUACUUUUGUUAAAACAAUUAGUAACCCUGACACCCCCAAGAAACAGCUCUUUGCUGCUAAGCAGGAGGCCUAUCGCAAAGAUGUGGAAAGAGCGUUUGGCAUUUUACAAACGCGAUGGGCUAUCGUACGAGGACCCGGCCGAAUGUAUAAGACACAAACAUUACGUGAUAUAAUGCUCACAUGCAUUAUUUUACACAACAUGAUUGUAGAAGAUGAGUAUGAAAAACUAAUGAUGAUGCAAGUAUUCAAGACUAUAGUGCGGAGUAUGACUAUAUUGUUCCGAACAUUCAGUUUGAUCUUAAUCACGAUGCCCCGACUUUGCACGACUACAUGAUGCGACAUAACCGCAUCAGGAGUACUGCGGUGCACACUGCUCUUAAAAAUGAUCUUGUGAAUCAUUUGUGGGGCCAUCACGGGAACACCGUGUAAUGGGUUACUUUUAUGUUGUUUACUGUUUUUUACUCGUUUCAGUUGAAUAAUGCUACUACUGUUUGUAGCUUUUCCCAUUAUUGUAAUGCAUUAGGAUUUCUUCAUCUUUUUUAAUUAUCCUACCGAAUAUUAUGCGUGUUUCUAAUAAUUGAUUGUUGGUAUUUUGAUUUUACAUGUGUUUCAAUUGAUUUAAAUUUAAUAUUAAA